UUUUAUAGAUGGUUCGCAAUUAUAAGCCCAAAACAAAUAGGGCUAAUAUAAAUGAAGAUACAAUGCGGCAGGCCUUGAGAGAAGUUUUAUCCAAAAACAUGUCUCAAAGAGAAGCUGUUCGAGUUUAUGGCAUUAAAAGGCAAACUUUGCAGUCCCGAAUAAAACAGAUAUUAAGAACUAUGACCGUCGAAGAGUAUUUGCAAAGAACUGAUGAUGAUGGCUAUGAAAGUGAAUCGGAUUUGCAAGAGAAAGGUAAAUACGCUACUAGAAAAGUUUUUUCGACAACGCAAGAAGAAAAGCUGGUAAAUUAUUUGAAGCAAUGUUCAAAUAUGAAUUAUGGCUUAACUUAUGAGCAAGUAAGGGUCAUGGUUUAUGACUACGCAAGAAUUCUGCCAAGUUGCAAAUACCCAAAAAACUGGAAUACCUAUAAGAAAGCAGGAGUUGACUGGCUGUAUGGUUUUAUGAGGCGAAAUCGCACGUUGUCGUUAUGAAAACCAGAGAGAACAAGUUUGGCAAGAGGAUUGGGUUUUAAUAGGAACCGAGUAAAUGGAUUUUUUAAUAAUUACAAGAACGUGUUAUAUUCGUGUUCUCAUAGAUGAGACCGGUGUGACUACGGUAUUGAACCCACCAAAGGUCAUAGCUACAAAAGAGAAUUAGUAACUGUAGUAGGAAUUAUCAACGCAACAGGAACUGCACUUCCUCCUGUACACAUUUUCCCGAGAGUGAGAAAUAUAGAAGAGUAUCUGGAAGGUAGUCCUGAAUUAAGUGCCGCUUUUGGAAAUAAAUCAGGAUGGAUGACCGGGGAAUUGUUUGUGAAGACACUAGAACACAUUGUAAAACAUACAAAAUGCAACAGAGAAAAUAAAAUUCUCCUUCUUAUGGAUAAUCACGAAUCCCAUACAACUUUAGAUGCGAUACUUUAUGCAAGGGAAAAUGGAGUAGUUCUUCUUUCAUUUCCACCGCAUACAUCGCAUAAACUCCAACCACUCGAUAUUGGAGUUUUUGGGCCGUUUAAAAGCAAAUGUUCAGUUUCUUUAAAUGAAUGGUUGUCAAGUAAUCCUGGAAAAACAGUCACCGUUAAACUUAUACCAAAACUCACUAAAAUCCCAUUUUUAGAAGCAUUUACACCACGUAACAUAACCAGUUCUUUUGAAAAACCAGGAAUAUGGUCAGUUAGCUCCUUAGUUUUUGCAGACCAAGAUUUCGAAGCCAC